CAGCGCUACUUGGGUAAAUAUUCUUUAUACAUAUGUUGUUUUCGGAAUUAGUUUUUAAAAGAUCGCUAAAGUUUUAUGUUUACUAAGCGAUUAAAAUUGUUAUAUCAUGUCAUUUAAUCUCUUUUUUUAAUAAAUUAUUCUUUUACUUUUUCUACUUUUAAUUUGAGUUCAUUUCUUGUGUUCGUAUUUCGUGUAGCACUGCGUCAUGAACAACACUAGUGUUUCUAUCAGUAUGGUGUCUUCUUCCUCUGACACAGCCAGGCAUAUAUGCAGAAUCAGUGUUUCCAGCUGCAAGGACGCUCUCGCGAGGCUGGAUUGGCCUCAAAUGAAGCCAGCGGACAUACAGAGGCUGUUAGAUCUCUUCAGCCCUGUUGUAGCCAGGCAUUAGUCGACGAACAUAAGAAGAAAAGAGCUUCACAUGUGCAUAAAAUUAGGGGGUUAUUUCUGGAGGAUCACAUAUUUCGUUUAUCACUUUUAUUGGCACCCAAGAUGGUCACCCAGGCUAUUAUGGAAGGUGGACUAUCCAAUACAGCAAAUGCUGCUGGCGAUAGCGAACAGUCAGAACUGCUCGCUCUCUCUGCAUGCUGCCCAGAAGAGGAAUCUCUCCGCAGUCCCGAUUCGGCUGCUAACAUCUUGCCAACGAGCAGUGUCAGUCAGAAUCUGCUCGCUGGAACAGUGAAUGAGACUUAUGAAGGUAGCAUUAAAGAUGGCUCUGUAGAUUUGAACGAUGAUAAAGACCAUAGUGACAUCAUAUUAACCAUGGAUGAGAAUGGGGGUACUGGCAAAAAAGAUGAUCAACCUACUGAAUCGCUUAGGGCGUUAAUUUUCCAAGUGUUUAUUCCGUUUCUGAUUGCUGGCUGUGGAACAGUGGCUGCUGGAAUUGUUCUCGACAUAGUUCAGACGUGGCCAGUGUUUGAAAAUGUAACACAGCUGUUCAUCCUUGUGCCUGCUCUGUUGGGAUUAAAAGGAAAUCUUGAGAUGACUCUCGCUGCUAGAAUCUCCACUCAGGCAAAUUUAGGGCAGCUAGACAGUCUUAGAGAACAAUGGAAGAUGACGUACGGCAACAUGGCCCUUGUCCAGUGCCAGGCAACAAUAGUUGCUUUCUUAGCUGCAAUCUUUGCCAUUGUCGUAGAUGUGGUACAAGAAAACACUUUCAAUGUGCAUCAUGCUACUCUGCUUUGUGCCAGCAGUUUACUCACAGCUGCGAUUGCAAGUUUGGUUUUAGGGUUCAUAACUGUUGGUGUUGUUCUCUCAUCGAGAAAAUUGCACAUCAAUCCUGAUAAUGUUGCCACUCCCAUUGCUGCCUCUUUAGGUGAUGUCACUACAUUAGGCCUCUUAGCUUCUAUUAGCAGUAUUCUCUAUGGGAUUGUCACUACUAAUGUCUGGGUUGCCCCUCUUAUGAUUAUUUUAUUCUUACUUAUGAUACCCCUGUGGGUAGUCAUUUCGAAAAGAAACAAAUUCACAAAGCAAGUGCUAAGAACUGGUUGGGUACCUGUCAUCAGUGCUGUUUUCAUUUCAAGUGCUGGUGGUUGCGUCCUUGAUUUGGCCAUAACAAAAUUUAAAGGAAUAGCAGUUUAUCAGCCUGUUAUCAAUGGUGUGGGAGGAAAUCUGGUGGCUGUUCAAUCUAGCAGAAUAUCAACAUAUCUCCACCAGAGGUCAGAAAUGGGUACUCUCCCACUCUCGGAUCCAAAAGUAUGCGUACACCCCUUCAGUGCUUUCUUUGGAAAAGGUGCUCACGCUCGUUCUGGAAGAGUGCUUCUUGGGAUGGCCCUUCCAGGUCAUAUUUUGUUUGCUUACUUGAUUUGUUUGCUGAAAGGUGGAAAUGCUACUGUCUCACCACUCUUUCUUCUGGUAUAUCUGACUUCUGCCUUAAUUCAGGUGUUUUUGUUGAUAUAUAUCGCAUAUUGCAUGAUCCAAUGGAUGUGGAGACGAAAAAUUGAUCCAGACAACUCAGCCAUUCCAUACUUGACUGCUCUUGGGGACCUUCUUGGCACGUCUUUGCUCGCCCUGGCAUUCCUCUUUCUUUUCUACGUCGGUAACCACGAUCCAAACGUUGCUGGGGGGGAAUGAUUUGAUCCUUUCUUCAAUGCAAUAAUAUGCGUCCAUUUAAAAGAAUCUCUUUACGUCAUCUGUAAUAUUUACAUUAAUAUUUAUAUCCAUGUUACCAAUUUGAAGAAAAGAAAAAAACUACGAGGGGUACAUUUUUCUUUAAUUUUUUUUCUUUUCAUCAAAAUUUCCUUUAUCGUAAUUGCUUGUGGUUAAAGCCACAUUUUCCCUAAUUAAAUGUACAUAAACUGAAAUUUUAACAUUGCUGAAAUUUAUUAUGUGUAAAAAAGGUGUUGACUAUCUUCUAAGUCCUGGAAAAUUCUUAUAUGGAUUCAUAUCACGAUAAAGUAUUAUUUGUAGCCAAUUUCGCCAUUAACCAUUUUAAAAAAAACAUUGAUUAUAUCAUUUCUAAAGUUUAAAAAUUUGCGCACAACAGUAACAGUAAUAUUUAUUUUAAUAGCACAAAUAUUGUUUGAUAGUUGAUUUAAAAAACAGUAUUGUUUUUCUUAUUAUUAGCUAUCUGUCCAUUUCGAUGUCACCAAUAUUAGCAACAACAAAAAAAAUAGUAAAUAAAAUUUAUUUAUUUUAUUUGAAUAAAUAAAAUAGCUAAAUUUACUUGGAUAGCUUUUAUUAUUAAUUUAUUUUAUUUAUUUGUGGUUUAUUGUAGAUGCAUUUUAAAGUUAUUUUGGUUUUUGUCAAUAUUUUUUUUAAGUUUUCUUUUUCAGAAUGGAUUGGGUUUUUUUGACUUGGAUAUCUGUGUUGGCCUUUUGCCUCUAAAUAGGUCCAAUUCAAUAACUUAUUAUUUUUUUUUAGCAAAUAUCAUUAAAACUUUUAAGAUUAUUGUAUUAAAAUUUUCAUCACCUUACAUACAGUUGAAGAAGUUAAGCAAAUACCAAUCAAGAAGUUAAGCAAUAGGAGUAAAUUUUAAAUGGACUUAUUUUUAGGUCUUCCAUGGUAGUGGAAACAACUUCCCACCAUUUCCUGAAAUUAUUCCACUGUGCAAUGUAUUUCCUUUCUUUUUUGUUUACUGAUACAUUGUGGGCCAAGUCCUAUACCCUUGAUUUAUUAAUCUGUAAUAAUUUUUGAGAUAGGAAUUUAAAAUGAUUCUCAAGCAUGCCAUAAAUAAUUAUGUGCCUGGGAUUACAAUUUAUUGCAUGGUGCCUUAUAUAUAUAAAUAUUAUAAUCUCUAAUGAAAAUAAUUCAAAGUUAUUUAAAACAUAAAAUAAUCUUUUUUGUAAUAAAAUCUAGAAGAAAAAAAACUUAAUUUAUUGACAUUUUUAAGUUUUCCUGGAUUGAUAUCACAAAUAUUUUUGACAUAUUUCCUUGCUUAUAUUGGUUUUGAAAAUUUAGCGUUUUAGCCUAGCUUUAAGAACAUUGCUAGUAAAAGAUUUGUAAAUCUUAAUGUUGAAAAUCAAAAUUUGUGCGACAAAACCGGUAAUAAAAUGAUAGGCAAAAAUAUAGGCUUUUAACAAAUUUGUUUUGAUUAAGUUUAUCUAAAAUGAUAACGAAUACUUGCAUUGUUGAAUAAUUGUCGAAUAUAUUUUGUGUAUUUGUUAUUCUUUUCAAGGAAAAAAACAUGACUUGUUUAAAAACUGACAUUUCUUGUAGUUCUUAUUGUUGUGUAAUUGGGCAGUCAAAUGUUGUGUAAAGCAGAUUUGAAUAAGCAAACAUUUCCUUCAAAACUAAAAAAUAAGCAGGGCUGAUUGUGCUCC